AUGCUACUCUUCAUCGUCGUCGCCGUCAUCGUCGGUUACAUCACCUGGACCUAUUACUCCUGGCGACGGCUCGCCCACAUCCCAGGGCCUGCUUUCUGCGGCUUCACGCAGCUCCGUCAAUUGUAUUGGAUCGCCCAAGGCCAACCCGCAGCUCACUACGCAGAAUCAUGCGCUCGAUACGGGAAAUUAGUGCGUGUGGGUCCGAAUCAACUCAUUACAGGAGAUGCAGAGCAGUGGCGGAAAAUGGGAUCGAUUCGCAGCUCGUACACCCGUUCUAAUUUCUUCGAGGCGGCUAGGUUUCGAAGGGGCGAAGACAGUGUGCUGAGCAUGAGAGAUGAGAAAGCUCACACCGAUUUGAGAGCGAAACUGGGCCCUGGAUAUAGCGGCAAGGAGGUUCCUGGCGUGGAAGCCAUCAUUGACAAAAGUGUCACUGAGUUUGUGGAGCUCGUUCAGCAGUACGUGAGUACGAGAGAAGUCUUCCGACCUAUGGAUCUCUCGGAGAAAGUCAACUUCUUCACUCUGGAUGUGAUCAGUGCCUUGGCAUUUGGAGAGCCAUUUGACAACCUACGAGACGACAAGGACAACCCAGGAAUCAUUGGCGACACACAAAGGUCCAUCACCCUUCUCGCCAUAUUCCAUGAACUGCCGUAUGUAUAUUUGUUCUUGGAGAAGACUGGUCUCUUGGAACGGCUUCAGGCCUUUCUCGGCGAUGAUUUUGGCUUCAACAAAGUGUUCAAAAUUGCGGAUGCCGCUGUAGAGAGAAGGUUCGGCAAGGCUGAGAAAUCAUAUAAGCUGCCAGAAGACAAGAACGACAUGAUGGGAUCGUUCAUACGACAUGGACUUUCUCGAAAGCAAAUCGAAAAUGAGACAGUGUUGCAAGUCCUUGCGGGCAGCGACACCACAGCUGGGGCCAUCAGAAGUAUCUUGGUUCCAUUAAUGAGCAACGCACAGGCGCAGAAGAAGCUCGUCGAAGAGAUCGACAGGGCAAACAUUACUGGCGUCGUUGUCACGGAUGCUGAAGCCAGAAACAUGCCAUACCUACAAGCUUGUAUCAAAGAAGGCAUGCGAUGGCAGCCUCCAGCGCCAACGUUACUGUCAAGAAAAGUUCCUCCUGAAGGAGACACUAUCAACGGCUUGUUCGUGCCAGGCGGUACCAAGAUUGGCUGGUCCGGCCACGCCAUCCAUCAUGACGAAGAUCUCUUCGGUCCAGAUGCUGACAUCUUCCGCCCGGAACGGUGGAUCUUGUGUGAAGAUGGAGGAGACUGCGACUCUCCAUCAAAGCUGACGCAGAUGAAUCGUGUCAGUGAACUGCAGUUCAGCUACGGACGCUUUCGAUGCCUGGGGGAGAUCGUUGCUAGGAUCGAGAUCAACAAAAUUUUGGUCGAGCUCUUCCGGCGCUUCGAGGUCAAUUCCUGCAAUCCAUUGAAGGUCUUCGAGAUGAAUUUCUCGUCGGACGUGUUUGUGCAGGCGGGGAUGUGGGUGCGAGUGACGGACAGGCGACGAGCUUGA